ACAUUCGUAGCCGAACCCAUAUUAGCAGAGGAGCGUAGUGUCUCAUAUUCACCUUUUGCUAAUUAGGUGUGGCCAUGAAGCUUUUUUUUUAAUUGAUUAAAGCAAGAAUAGAGAAUAUUAUAUCUACUAUGUGGUGGGAUAGGAAUGGGGCUAGCCCACGGAUUGAACAGCUAGUUCACUACCCAUGCCCAAUAUUUAUGCUAAUCAACAAAGAAAGGAUCUCCUUCACCCUCUUCAAUUCAUAAGUCAGUGGACAUACACUGAACUGUUUUCUUCUCCUCUCCAUUGUUCUUUUGCAGAGGAAGCCAAGGAGAAAAUGGAGCAACUCCAGAAGCAACUGGAGCAACUCCAGAAGCAACUGGAUGAAACGAAGAAGGAAUUAGAAUGGAAAAGGGCUCAGAACAAUUCAGAUGACAUCACUCUUAAUGGAGUCACGGCCCACCCCAACCUCUCCAUUUCUGGGGAUGAGAAGAGUUUUACACAUGAAGCCCAACCUCAACAAGUUCCACCAAAUCCAGAGAGAUUCGAUUCGACUGUCUGUGUGUUGGGCGCUGAAGGAUUCUCCUCUGGAAAGCACUACUGGGAGGUGGAGGUUAUGAGCAGCACUGACUGGGACCUGGGAGUGGCCAGAAAGUCAAUACAGAGAAAAGGAAAACUUUCUUUGUCUCCUAAAAAGGGAUUCUGGGUUCUGGGUCUGAGUGGGAAAGAUUAUUGGGCAAAAACAGACCCAUGGACCCGGGUCAAUGUGCAGAAAAAGCCCAAGAAAAUUGGAAUUUACCUUAGUUACCAACAGGGGCAGGUGACUUUUUUCAAUGUAACUGACAUGUCUGUGUUGUUCACAUUUAAUGAUUGUUCAUUCUCAGGAGAGGUUUAUCCAUUCUUUAAAAAUUCACAGAAAGAAACAACAAUGAGAAUUUGUUCAAUUUAAGAGGAAUAAAUAUAACAUGACUCUGAUGCUGAUUUUAUAUGGAUGUAACUGCAAUCAAGGUUUUCAUGAAUGUAUUUUGAUGAAAAAAAUCUGUGUUUUUUUUUAAAUGUACAUUGCCAUGCUGUCUUCAUUACAUGUUUUGCAAUAAAAUGUUUUCAUUUCUUA